GGGGACACGAGCAGACACGGGGCAUCGGCGUCCCUUGCUCUGCCCCCAAAUUCCUCCACACCCCCGCGUCCCCCAGGUGCCAUUGGGCAGCCCGGUGACGGUGAAGGUGGAGGGACACGGGGAGGGGACCCUGACGGUCCUGCGCCAGUUCCGCCUGAUGUCACCCCCCAACGCCACCUGCCAGGGGCUGGGCCUGGAGGUGGCCAUCACGGGCCCCAUCCUCUACCAAGAUGAAGAGGACUACGAGGACUACGAGGAGGAGGCGGAGCUUGAGGGGAGGGUGGAGCCUUCAGGAGGGGCGGAGCCUCCGGAGGGGGUGGGGCCUGCAGGAGGGGCGGGGCUUUCAGAGGCCGCCGCCCCCCUGAGCCCCAUGGCCUUGUGGGACGCCCGGCAGCGGCGGCGGCGGGACGUGCACGACCCAGGCCGCGAGGUCGCCUUCCUGGUCUGCUUCUGGCGGGGCCCAGGUGCAGGGUUGGCGGGAAUGGCGGUGGUCGAGGUCUCCCUGCUCAGCGGCUUCCGGCCCCACCAGCCGGACCUGGACAAGGUGGGGGGCACUGGGGUCCCCCCGGGGGGCACGAGGGGGG